AUGGAAGCUGCAUUGGGGAGAAGACGAUCGGCGGCGGAAGUCGCGUUUGGGAAUAUAGUCGUUGGCAGUAGUCGUGCCCGGCGUGGAGCAAUCACAGGAGUAUCCAGCAUAGGAACGACAGGGUCCAGCACAGCGACAGCGGGAUCCACGUCGGGAGCAUCGGGGUCCACGUCAGGAACAGAAAAAUCUGGAAAAGGAAGGGAGCACGGACGGAACACGGAAGGUGGUAGCCGGAGCACGAAUGCGGACAGGAAAGACAGCCCAGCGAUUGGCGGCAGUGACGUCGGCAGUGACGUCGGCAGUGAAAGCGGUAGAGAUAGCGCUUCUGCUGCCUCUGCUGAUUUCACUCAUGCGUCGUCUGCUAUUUCCCCCUCUCUUUCCCCUCUUUCCUCCUCUCCCUCCUCUCCUUCUCUCGCGUCUCUUCUCUCCCAGCACCACCAACACUUGCAGCAGUGGCAGCAGCACUUAGACCGCGCCGUUUUCACGCCGCUCAUUGACCCCACCCACCCGCUUGCCGUGCUAAGUAAAACACUUAAGAAUUCCCCAAAGGUUCCUGUGCUGGUAGCGGUGGAUGGGCGCGUGCCAGACGCGGUGGCGGGAUGGGCGUGGGAGCAGGCGGGGGGGAGAAUGGUGCGCGUGACGUGGCGGAAAGCAGGGGGAAGGGAGGCGGGGAAGGGAGGGGAGACGGAAGGAGGGGGAGUGGAUCAGAGAGAGGUGGAAGGGGGGAGGGAGAGGGAAGGGGAGAAGGCAGGGGAUGGGGACACGGGGGAUGUUAGUCGGAGAGAAAAGGAGAGCGUUGGAGCGGGGGAAGAGAGAAGAGUGGAAGGCGGAGGCAUGAGGAGGCGGUUAGGAGUCUUGGAGAAGCGGAAGUGGAACAUCAGUCUAGUGAAGGCCGUGGGGACGAGCAAGGGAAGACCAGUACAUCAGCAGGAGCAGGAGAAGGAACAGCAGCAGCGGCAGGAGCAGGAGGGGGAGCAGCAGCAGCAGGAGCAGCGGCAGCAGGAGCAGCAGCGGGAGGAGGAGCAACGGCAGCAGCUGCAACGGCUGGUUGAGGGGCGCCAAUGGAGGGAGGGGGUGAAGGCGAGGGCUGUGUCAUGCGUGGCAAUGCUGCAGCAGCACGAGGGGCUGCAGGGAAGACUGGCUCAAGCUCAUCAGCUGUACCAACAGUCGCACCUCCACCACUCCUCCACUUCCUCCGCCGUUGCCUCUGCCUCCCCAUCCUCCUCCACUCUCUCACACACCUUGAAGCCUCUCAUUGCCGCUAUAAGAGCCGACCUGCAGCGGUUGCAGCAGCAGCUGCAGGCGCAGUGCAGAGUUGAUGCGAGGGACUUACGGCUGAGAAUGGAGGAGCGGAGCAAGCUGGCGAGAGAGGCUGGAUCUGGGAGUGAGGGGCUGGGAGAGGGAGGAGUGGGAAGAGGGGUAGGAGACGCAGGAGGAGGAGGAGGAGGAGAAGCAGACGGACGAGGCGAAUGGGAGGAAGGGAGGCAAGAGGAGGGAAAUAAGGAGGGAAGGAAGGGGGAGGGCAACGAGCAGGCAGGAAGUAGAAGCACUUGGUGGUGCAGCGGGCAGGAGACGGGCAGGGUAGCUCGCACCUGCAUGGGGCUGAGAGCUCCUUCCCCUCUCGCGCGGCUCUCCCCCCACCUCUUCCCCUCCCCGCCCCCCGCCGUCUCCUUCCUCCUGCAGUAUUUCCGCCAGCCUGGCAUGAUUGCUGACCUCCUCGCCCGCCCCCAUAACUGCACCUGGGUUCCGAGGGCUGGGGGUAAUAAGAAGGGGACGAGAAAGGGGAAGGCGGGUGGAAUGGGGAGUGUUAGGAAUGGGGAGUUAUGGCGAGGAGGGAGUGUGAGGGUGGUAGAGAUGUUAGUGCAUGCGGAUAGUCCUGAGGAGUGGAGGGAGUGGAGGGAGUACUGGUGUGGGAGGAAGCCGCUGACCAACCCUGCUGCCCCUGCCGGUGCUGCUGGCGCCCUUGCCACUGCCAAUGUCACCUUCGACCACAACGCCCACGAGAUCCGCGGCUUCAACACCCACGCCAAAACAGCGCGCGGUAACGUGGUAACCCUGUUACAGGACGACGACCUGCUGCCGUGGGACUGCAGCUGGCUGUGGCGCAUCACCCAUGAGAUGGACGCCCGGCCGCUAGUUGCUGCUGUGGGCUACAGGACAGGGAAGAUUGACGUGGAUGGGAGCAACUGGGGGGCGCCCCUAACCUGGUACAGGUUCGGGGGAUGGUUAUGGACUCACCCGUCCUACGACCCCCGGGCCAACCUACGGGGUUUUUUCGCGGGUGUGGUGGACUUUGCGCCGUUUGUGAUGCGGAGGGAUGUGUUUUUGGCCUUAGGGGGGCUGGACGAGGGGCUGUCGGCGCGGGGGGAGUGUGGGAUUAUCACAGAUUGGCAUUUUACUUAUCGGAUCUGGUUUGCUGGUUACCAGGUCAUGAAUGUAGCAUGGGACCCUCCGGAGAGUGGGAUUGGGAGGGGUGUGGAAGGCGGCACGCAUGCGGGUGUGAGAUUGAGCCUGCGGCACCUGCACUUUCUGAUCAAUGACGGGCAGAUGAGACGGCAUCAGAUAGAAGCACUGAAUGCAUGGCAGCAGAGGGAGGUGAAGAGGGUGAAUGUGAUGUUCCGGACGUUGGAUGUGUGGGAGUGA